AUGAAUUUAGAAAACAUUAAAUUAUCAGAACAAACGAAAAAAAAUUUACUAGCGAUUGGAUAUAGCAAAUUAACUGACAUUCAAGAAAAAGUUAUCCCACUGGCGUUAAGCGGAAAAGAUAUUAUUGGUCUAUCGCAAACUGGCACAGGAAAAACUGCCAGUUUCAUCAUUCCAGUUCUCGAAAAUCUAAAAAAAAGUAAUUAUCCUCAAGUUCUCGUCUUGGUACCAACUCGAGAAUUAGCCCAUCAAGUCAAUGAAGAAACUAGAAAACUUUCUCAGCAUCUCAAAUUACGAACUUUAGCAAUUUAUGGAGGUACAUCUAUAAAAGACCAAUUGCGAUCACUUCGUUUUGGUGUUGAUGUGGUGAUCGGAACACCCGGAAGAAUAAUCGAUCAUCUCACUAGAAAAACUCUUCGUUUAGACAACUUAAAAUUUGUCAUUCUCGAUGAAGCCGACGAAAUGAUUAAUAAAGGCUUUCUAGCUAAUAUUAAAGAGAUAAUUAAAAUGGCUCCAACAGAACGACAAACCUUGCUUUUUUCAGCUACUACUUCUCCUGAUAUAGAAAUAUUUUCUCGUCGCUUUUUAAAAAAUCCGCAAACCAUUAUUGGAGAAAAAGGAAAGAAUGAAGAAAACAAUAUUCAACAAUAUUAUUUAGACACUACCUCACGACAAAAAUCUAAAAAUCUGAUUCAUUUUCUUCACCUUAAUAAAACUCAAUUAAUUUUGAUUUUUGCUAAUACUAAAAGAAAAGUAGAAGAAAUUGGAAACUUACUCAGAAGCAAAGAGAUGCGAGUAGAUUAUAUUCAUAGUGACCUUUCUCAGAACCGCCGAACUCGAGUUUUAAAUAAAUUUCGCAAUAGACAAUUCUUGAUCCUAAUUGCUACCGAUGUCGCCGCUCGCGGAAUUCAUGUCGAUGAUAUUGAUUACGUAAUCAAUUAUGACUUUCCUCAAAGCCCGGAAUUUUAUAUCCAUCGUAUUGGUCGCACUGGCCGAGCUGGCGCUAGUGGAAAAGCGAUAACUUUUAUUACCUCUCCUAGAGAAAAACAACAAUUGCUAAAAUUAGUUAAACAAAAAAAUUACCAAAUAAACGCGUUGCCCGCAAAAGAAUACUUAUAG